AUGCAGCUGCCUGUACGGAGGGCAUUUAUUGGUCGUGAAGCUGCGACCGUAGCCAGACUCUGCGGUACUUGCGGAGCGGCUCGCCGACAGUUCGCCUCGUCGGCAAAGCUCCCGCAGCCUCUAGCGGCUGGCCUCACCGAGCUCAAGUCCAGGAGAUUGCUCUCUGUGACGGGCUCGGAUGCUGGGAAAUUCCUCCAAGGAAUAGUCACCGCAGAUGUGACUCCCUCCAAGGGCGGCCCACGACACGAGGGCUUCUACUCGGCUUUCCUCACGGCUACCGGACGAAUCUUGAACGAUGUCUUCAUCUACCCCAUGGCAGCAGGAUCACCCACUGGCGAGGGCUUCCUUAUUGAGGUCGACGCAGGUCAAGCGAAGCGACUCGAAAAACUUAUCAAGAGAUACAAAUUGCGAGCGGACGUUGGGGUACGCAGUCUACCUUCAGACGAAGCGAACGUCUGGCACGCCUGGGACGAUGCUCAAAGCGGACAGCUCGUUCUACCCUCGAACAGCUCUCGUAUGACAAUGCAAGAUCCCCGCGUACCUGGACUCGGCCACCGUAUCAUUCAGUUCAACAACAACAGACCCGAAGUCGACUUGAACCAGACGGACGAAGCAGCCUACACGAUUCGAAGAUAUUUGCAUGGCGUGCCUGAAGGCCAGGACGAAAUUCUCCGCGAGCACUCGCUACCUCUCGAGACGAAUAUGGAAUACAUGAAUGGCAUCGAAUUUCGCAAGGGCUGUUACGUGGGCCAGGAGCUCACCAUUCGCACAAAGCACCGCGGCGUUGUCCGCAAGCGCAUCCUCCCAUGCGUCAUAUACCCCAAGGAUAGGCCUGCCCCCGAUACACUCUCCUACCGGGAUCCAUCAGAUGCCUCAAACUCUCCUGAUGCUGUUGCGGCGGAAAUGAUUCCUACAGAGACCAGUAUCGGCAGGUUUGAGAAGCGCGGCCGCAGCGCAGGCAAGUGGCUCAAAGGCGUCGGCAAUAUUGGCCUAGCGCUGUGCAGACUAGAGAUUAUGACGGAUAUUCUCUUACCCGGAGAACAAUCAGCCUCUACUUUCACAGAAGGCGAUGAGUUUACGCUCGAAUGGGGAGAAGAGACGGUUAAAGAAGGCGUCAAGGUCAAGGCAUUUGUGCCGGAGUGGUUGCGCAGGGCGAUGGACGCCAGUGCUGCUCACUGA